CGGAAACCGCGGCGCCCAGCAGCUACAGCGGUAGCAGUUGAGCACACGCGGGGGGUGGUGAAGCUGUGUGGAAGGAGGCAGUUGCUUCGUAACGGGAAGAGUGGAGCGCUGCGACGGCGCUCGUUUUCUCCGUUGUAUCUUGGCGGCUGAGGCUGGGCUUGUGCUCGCUGAGGGCAGGCGGCGGCGGGGUGAUGAUGGCGGCGUACUUCGUGGAGAACUUCUGGGGGGAAAGGAACAAUGGCUUUGAUGUCCUCUAUCACAACAUGAAACAUGGACAUUUGUCAACAAAAGAUUUAGCAGACUUUAUAAGAGAAAGGGCUACAAUAGAGGAGGCAUAUUCAAGGUCAAUGUCAAAACUAGCCAAAUCAGCAAGCAAUUACACACAACUUGGGACAUUUGCGCCAGUUUGGGAUGUUUUCAAAACCUCAACAGAAAAACUAGCAAGCUGUCACCUGGACCUUGUGCGGAGAUUACAAGAGCUAAUAAAAGAAGUUCACAAGUAUGGAGAUGAACAAAUCAAAAUGUAUAAAAAGACUAAAGACGAUGUUUCAGGAACAUUAGAAGCGGUGCAAAAUAUUCAAAGCAUCACUCAGGCUUUACAAAAAUCAAAGGAAAACUACAAUGCUAAGUGUGUUGAACAAGAACGUUUGAAAAAGGAAGGAGCAACACAGAGAGAAGUUGAUAAGGCAGCAGUUAAAACAAAAAAAGCUACAGAUACCUAUAAACUAUAUGUGGAGAAAUAUGCUGUGGUUAAAUCCAGUUUUGAACAGAAAAUGACAGAAACUGCACAGAAAUUUCAAGACAUUGAAGAAACACACCUUCUUCAUAUGAAAGAGAUUAUAGAAUCAUUGUCAAAUACCAUAAAAGAAAUUCAUUUACAAAUAGGAGAGGUGCAUGAAGAGUUUAUUAAUAACAUGACAAAUACUACAGUUGAGAGUUUAAUAAAGAAAUUUGCUGAGUCAAAAGGAACUGGCAAGGAAAGACCUGGCCCUAUUGAAUUUGAAGAAUGUAGCACAUCCAGUGCAGUUGAAGGGAUAAAACCACGGAAGAGGAAGCCUUUUGGUUUAUCAGGAAUAAUGAAAAAAGAAAAAGAUACUGAAUCUGUGGAGUGUCCAGAUACUGACUCAGUUCUGACAUCCGAGGACCCCAUCCAUGUGCCCAGACGCUCUCCCCUUCAGCUGGGAGUAGUUACUAACAUUCCUGAUGUAGACGAAGAAGGAUACAGCAUUAAACCAGAAGCACCACAGGAUACCAAAGAGAACCAUUUCUAUUCAUCCAGUGAUUCUGACUCUGAAGACAAUGAACCCAGGAGGUUCCAUGUAGAAAUAAAACCUGUGCAGUUAAAUAAUAGCUCUCAAUAUACCAUGCCUUCCUUGGAUGAAUUAAAAGUAUCUAUAGGGAACAUUGCUCUUUCUCCAGCAAUAUCUAAACACAGUUCUGCACAAAUGAAUCAAAAUUCAUCCAGUGAAGAGGUAACAAAAUCAAAGCUUUCUACUCCAGCUAAUGAUUGUCACUCUUACUAUAGAAAGGGGAACAGUGACCUUCUGACAUGGGAUCCACUCUUUAGCAGUUCUUUUGAAUCUUCCUCUUCAGCCUCCUUGGCAUCCUCAUCCUCCUCAGUGAGGCCCACAACUCCUCUUUCUGUAGGCACCCUUAUACCCCCUCCAAGGCCUGCUUCAAGACCAAAGUUAUCUACAGGGAAACUUAGUGGAAUUAAUGAAACACCUAGGCCAUUCAGCCCUCCAUUGACCUCUAUCUCAAGUCCUCCACCUGCAGCUCCCUUGGCACAUGCAGAGAGUGUUUCCUCAAUAUCCUCUUCUGCUUCCCUCAGUGCAGCAAACACACCUACAGUUGGUGUUUCAUGUGAUCCCAGCCCUGUCAGCCUUGGAAACCAGGAUACCUUGCCUGUUGCAGUAGCCCUUACUGAAUCUGUUAACGCCUACUUUAAAGGAGCAGAUCCCACAAAAUGUAUUGUGAAGAUCACUGGUGAUAUGACAGUAUCAUUCCCAAGUGGGAUUAUUAAAAUCUUUGCCAGCAAUCCAUCUCCAGCUGUGCUCUGCUUCAGGGUAAAAAAUACAAGCAAACUAGAGCAGAUUCUUCCAAAUGCACAACUUAUAUACAGUGAUCAGUCACAAAGUGACUCUAGUACUAAGGAUUUUUGGAUGAACAUGCAAGCUAUAACUGUCUACCUCAAGAAAUUAUCGGAGCAGAAUCCAUCUGCAUCCUAUUAUAAUGUGGAUGUUCUAAAGUAUCAGAUAUCCUCAAAGGGCAUCCAGUCCACUCCCUUGAAUCUUGCAACUUACUGGAAAUGUAAUGCUAGCACUACUGAUGUGAGAGUGGAUUAUAAGUACAAUCCAGCGUCUCUGAAUGUGCCUAGCAUGUUGUCUAAUGUCCAGGUUGUGGUACCAGUAGAUGGAGGAGUAACAAACAUGCAAUCACUACCACCUGCAAAAUGGAACGCAGACCAGAUGAAAGCUUAUUGGAAAAUAUCUAGCAUUUCAGAGAAGUCUGAGAAUGGAGGUUCUGGAUCCCUCAGGGCAAAAUUUGAACUUUCAGAAGGACCCAGCAAACCAGCAACACUUGCAGUGCUAUUCAUUAGUGAAGGAAGCACCCUUUCGGGAGUGGAUGUAGAGCUAGUAGGCACUGGCUAUCGACUUUCCCUCCUUAAGAAGAGAUUUGCCACUGACUUUUAUUUUUCAGGACGGUAUGUGGCAGACUGCUGAUGAACCUGUGGAAGUCAUUGGAUCAAAGGAGUGCAAGAAGCUCACCCUGCCCUCUCUACUUUACAAACACUAUUUUAACAUGCAUUAAUUUUUUUAAAAUUUUGACCUACUUUGAGGCUGAACUACAGAACAGAAAAUGCACUUUUAAAAGUAAUUUUGCAAACUUUUUAUUACUUUAUAAUAGCACUGAAGUUAACUUCAUCACUGUCUGUAAAUUAUCACCUGCAAUAUUUGGAAAAAUCUGUUGAAAUUUUAGUAACAUCAAAAUAAUAAUAGUUUUAAUGAAAGUAUGAAAGUGUAUGUUAUACUGUAAACAUGAAACCUAAAAAUGUAGGAAAGCAAGUAAAAUAUUUGAGCUUUCCAUUAGUAAUAUUAAUUCAUUUUCAGAUUCAAUUGCUAGUUUUUAAAGAAAACAAAGGCAAAGUCUCAUGUAGUUAUUCCAUCUACUUGUGCCAUAGAACCAGCUCAGCUAGAGAUGUAUAAAGAAAAUGUAAUUUGAUGCCUGUGUAUCAUUAUUAACACGCAAGUUGUUUUAUAUAGGGUUUUUUUCCUAAGUGCAAUGUGUUACAAAAUUGCAAAAGACAGAAGAAAUUUACUUCUGCAGUUAGUAAAUUUUAUGGGUGUUGUGAUUGUUUGAAUCAAUGCUGUAGACUUAAUUUAUUUUUAUAUGAAUAGCAUAACAUUCGUGCCUUUAAAAAAAAAUAACCAAAACCAAACUUUGCCUACUCACUUUGUUAUUCACAUGCCUCAAUCCUGUUAUCAAAGUUUGGCUCUUCAUCAGGAAAGUACAGUGCUUGUAUGAUACAUACAACUUUAUAAAAAUUCCUUUGAGUGGGAUUGCAGAUUUGCAAAACUGCAAAUUGUUUUAAAAGAGGUUUAAAAUACUGGUUUACUUCCUCAUGGAGUAAUUGCAAUAAAUUCAGCUGUAGUAAAGGGAGAUGCAUCAUGAAGGACUUUGAAACUUUGAGAUAGUAACUUUAAAGAUGAAAAUCCUGAAAAAUCACAAAACAUGAUAAAAGCAAACAGCAUUUCCUUUCACUUUGACUGCAAGUGUUUGGGAUUGGUGUCCCUGCCCAUGGCAGGGGGUUUGGAACUAGAUGAUCUUUAAGGUCUCUUCCAACCCAAACCAUUCCAUGAUUCUAUGAAUUUAAGUGCUUUGAGGGUUGUGUGAUGUGAAUGUAAACAUAGUACAGUGGUAGGAAUACCAUUUUAGAAUGGUAUUUUGUAGCAGAAGGAUGACAAGUACUGCCAUUUCUAUCGGUUUAAAUUUUAUCUUAAACCACCAAUUUUAAUAUUUGUAUUGGCUUCUAAUCUGCUUGCCGCAGCCUUAGCACAGGAAAGUUUUUUUUAAGCAAGUCACUAAUUUAGAAAAUCUUUUAUGUAUUUGUAUUAUCAAGAGUUUUUUCAAUGCUGAAAUCAAACAUAUUGGGGCAAAAUAAUUCAAGAACUUACAAUGGGGAAUUUUAUGUGACCAUUUUUAAUACCAGUAUCUAUAUCAAAUUCUCUAUUAAAACAAUAAAAUUUGCUUCAACUAAGUCAUGCAAAACCAGUAAUGAAUUGGACUGCUGAAGCUUUGUAGAUGUAUACUACACACUUUUGCAGAUGAGUUACAUUAUUAGCACUAAGCACGUACUGUAAUGAAGAUUUGAUUGGAAGAGAAUAUUUGGCUCUUAACUUGCUGAGCUUAUUGAAUGAUAAAUUUCUAACUCAUACAAAAUGGUACCAUUAUUUUAUUGGAAUUUUAAUUAUAAUCUGCUUUGCAAUCAAACCAUGUUUAAUAUGACAAUAUUUUAUUAAUGAAAACCUAAAACUGCAUUGCUGUUUUUAAUCAAGUAUUCUUAGUUAAAUUAAGUACUUAUGUUUCACCACUUUUAAACUAGGUGAUUAUACAUACAUUGGGUGCAGGUAACAAUUUUGAAGCCAUACAAGUUUAUAUAGACUUUUUGUAAAGAAAUUUAAAAACAUUGUAAAAAGUACAUGUUUGUUAAGAAAACCAUAUGUAGCAAGCUGGUUCUUGUUUGUGUAUAGAGCACUAUCCUUUGUAGCUGCCUCCCAAGAAAAUUAAUUUGUAAACACAACUCAAAAGGAUCUGAAUUUUUAUGGACUGUAAAUUAUAGCAUACGAGUUUAUCUUACAAAAAUUGUAAACACUUUUGAUUUUUCAUAAAAUAUAAAUUUAAAAAAAUUUUCACCCAUAAUAAACACAUAAUAUAUAAUUUAAAUACUGAUGUAUAGUGCUUAUACUUUUGCAGUUAGUCCCACAGAGCUUCUAAGCAAUAGUAGAACAAAACUAUGCCUGUAUUGAACAUUUUUAAAGCGUUAAUUGAUUUAUAAGUGAUAAGUAGUAGAGGUAAUCAGUACAGGAAAGACAUGGACCUGUUGGAGAAGGUCCAGAGGAGGACCCCAAAGAUGAUCAGAGGGGCUGGAGCACCUCUCCUAUGAGGACAGGCUGAGAGAAUUGGGGUUGUUCAGCCUGGAGAAGGGAAGGCUCUGGGGAGACCUUAUAGCAGCAUUCCAGCACCUGAAGGGAGCUUAUAAGAAAGAUGGGGACAGACUUUGUAGCAGGGCCUGUAUCAAUGGGACAAGGGGUAAUGGUUUUAAACUAAAAGAGGGGAGAUUUAGACUAGAUAUAAGGAAUACAUGUUUUACACUGAGGGUGGUGAGACACUAGCACAGGUUGUCCAGAGGGCUGAUAGAUGCCCCAUUCCUAAAAACAUUCAAGGUCAGGUUGGACAGGGCUCUAAGCAACCUGAUGUAGUUGAUGUCCCUGCUCAUGGCAGGGGGUUGGACUGGAUGACCUCUAAAGGUCCCUUCCAAUCCAAAACAUUCUAUGCAUCCAUGAUAAUAUAUGACCUCUCAUAUAUUUAAAAACCACCACAGAGACAGUAGAUGGAAAGAUCACUUCUACAAAGAGUUGCAUCUUUACUAAACAAAAAUGCCUGUGAUGUGUACGACUCGUGACAUUACUAAGUUGGUAUACUUAACUAAUAGAUUAGUCCUAACCGUGGAUAUACUUAUCCGAAUGUCACCGUUUGAUUCAGGAUUGACAGCAAUGCUCUCGAUCCCCUCCCACCCAGGUAGGGAAGCAGAGAGAUAUUGAAGGAGAGAGACUCUCUGGAUUGAAAUCUAAACUACACAGCUUUAAUUAAUUAGUAACGGUGAAAGAAAAUAUGUACAAUUAUACACAAAUGUGUUCAGGAAUGUGCAAAACCCUAUUGCCUCCCCUCACUCCCAGCAACUCCCACGGCACUCUCCUGAGCUGUGAGCAGUUCUAAAAUGUCCCGGACCAAUGCCAGAGAGAGCGGCAGAGCAGAAUGGAGCUGAGGGUAGAGUUAUGAGGGUCAGGAACAGACGAGCCUAGGGAUCAACAGUGAUGGAUAGAUGGAGUCCUCUCCGGGUGCCACCAGGAAGAGAAGGGAAGAAGAAACAAGAAGAAGGGCUUGGCCCUUGAUCCCUGAUCUUACACCAAGCUUACAUAGAUAUAUGGAAUGGAAUAUUUUGGUCAAUUUUACUGUCUGUCUAGUCCACUCCUCCCUACAGGAGGGUUGCAGAUAUGCCUCUUCUGCUCCUUUAGCAUCUCAGCCUCUGACCACGUGGAGAGCGAACAGAGGCAGCGGCUGCAGUACGUGCUCUGCCUUAACAACUACCUUUACCGAUUUAAGAUGGAUGGGGGGGAUUCCUGGAGCCCGGGAAGCCUGUGGAAGAGAGGAGAGACCCAGAAAGACUCAGCAGCUCUUUCAAGAAAGGCUUGCGUGGCUGGGGGCGUCACUGGGACAACCGCACAACAUUUGAACAUGGCCAUCCCCUCAGACCACCACAGAAGAUGGCACGAGCAAGGAGCUCUCCCGGACGGGAUGGAUGACAGACAAUGAGUAUUUGCAGUAAUCAAAAUUUAUUACAUACAAAGUUGGGGGUUUUAAUUAUUCUGGACAAAUACAGUAAAAAUGUAGGGAAAUUGGGAGAUAAGAACAGAAGUGCAGUUAGGAUGCAAAGGGUAUAUUAGCAGUGUAUUUUACUACUUAUAAUUAAAUCAAACAACAAAGAUUAACCACUAAAAUGCUGGCAACUUACUUAUUAUCAAAUACCAUAUUAGGCCUAAAACAUCAACCAUCAUCUUUAAAGGAUCUUACAAUCUUAAGCUUAAUAAUGAAGAUUACUUAAUGUUAAGUUUGCUAAUAAAGACAGUGAAUGAGUAAUAUUUCUCACCCAUGUCAGGCCACAGCUGGGUGUCCUUGGUCGGGCCACAACUCCCGAGAAUCAGUCUCUCUGGCAGGCGUCCCUGCUAGAGGAGAGAAGGUCCAGAAACUUCCUGGGGAAAGUGUACGGAGAUGUCUUUGUUUUCUUGAUCAAAAAUGGGACCAAGCUUUUAUAGAAUAAAGUGGAUUGACUGCUGUCCUUUAACCAUUACCCAUACCUCCAACAUCUUUCAGUGGAGAAUAAAAGGAAAACAGUAGAAAAAAACCAUGAAGGCCUUGUUCUCGCCAAGCAAACUCUGUUGUUUAUCUAUUUGUUAUUUCUUUAUCUCUGUUUCAUGCCUAGUUGUGGCUGGGCUGAGCUCCGUGUUCUUCAGCACCAGAGAGCAGCUGGUGUUAUGAACAUCCACUUGGCCCUCUGUUUAUACCUUUCAGGGUUGUUACCAGCUCAGAGUUUGCUAGGUCUUUUCCCUUCUCAUGGGAACCUUUCACUUCAGACCUGUGCCUGCAAAACUGAGAGACAAAAGCACUUGAAUCAUAAAAGAGAACUGAGGCAGGCAUAUUGAGAGAUGGAGUGCCCUGCUACAGGCACGUGGGUGAGUGUGAGAGGAGAGGUCGUUAAAACCAACUACAGAAGAAAGAGGUUUAAAUAUGGUUUCCACUCGGGCAAAAACUUCUGCCAGGAGGCCUAUGGCAACCCAAAGGGAGGUUCCUCACAGACAUGUGAGGCUCCAGGUCUCUGGCUGUAGGGAGUGCCAAAGCCUGUUGUUCUCCCUGGAGAAUGGCAGAGACACCAGCUGUGUGAGGUGUGAGCAGCUAAAUUAUCUGCUUGGCACGGUUGUACAGCUGAAGGAGGAAGAAGAGAGGCUUAGGACUAGCAGGGAGAUAGACCGUUGGCGCCAUGACUUAGCCUCCCUGAACGAGGCCCAAAAGACAGGUGGGGCUCAUGAUGCAGACCACUGCCUAUCUCCUGUCUGCCUGACUGAGUAUGAUAGCCUACAGGAUGAGGAGCAAUGGCAACAAAUUUCUGCACAGCGCAAGCGGCACAGCAAGGGGGUCCCUAGAGUUCCCCCUCUCCAGGUGACUUUGCAAAAUAGAUAUGAUGCUCUACAAAUAGAACAAAAUGGUGACGUGGAUGAUGGUUCACCAAACUUGGAGGUGUCACCGAGGCCAAGUCAGUCUGUACCUCGCAUCAAAACCACCUCAGUUAAGAAAAAUGGUGGGUACUUGUCAUAGGUGAUCACUUCUAAAGGGAGUGGAAGGCCCUAUAUGCAGGCUGGACCCACUUCUUAGGGAGGUCAGCUGCUUCCCUGGGUCCAGGGUUAAGGAUAUACAGAGGAAGCUCCCUACCCUAGUUCGGCCCUCAGACUACUACCCAUUACUGUUAUUCCAAGUAGGCAGUGAUGAGGUAGCUACCAGAAAUCUAGGGGCAAUGAAGAUAGACUGGGAUGGCUGGUUAGGGGAUCGGGAGCACAGGUGGUGUUCUCCUCUAUCCCACUAGUAGCAGGGAUUGAUAAGGGGAUAAACAGGAAGAGCCAGAAGAUUAACUCCUGGCUUCAGGACUGGUGCAGCCGACAGGACUUUGGCUUUUUUGAUCAUGGAUGGACCUACAGGACACCAGGCAUGGCAACAGGUGGUGAAAGCCUAACCAGAAAGGGGAGAAGGAUCCUGGGGCACAAGUUAGCAGGGCUCCUUGAAAGGGCUUUAAACUAGGUCUGAAGGGGUAUGGGGAUGAAACCAGGCUCACCAGAGAUGAGCCUAAGGACGGCUGCCAGUCUGCCAUCCCACUUGAGGUGGCAAAUGGUGAUAAAUGUAGCAACAAAAACAUAGGGUUCACUAAUAGGUUAGUAAUCACGCAAGUGGUCAGGAUAUCUGUACCGCAGCUCAAGUGUAUAUAUGCCAAUGCCUGAAGCAUGGGAAAUAAACAAGAGGAGUUAGAAGCUAUUGUGCACCAAGGAGACCACGAUAUAAUUGCCGUCAUGGAAAUGUGGUGGGAUGAUUUGCAUGGUUGGAGUGCUGUGAUGGAUGGCUACAGGCUCUUUAGAAGGGACAGUGUCCUGGUUUGAGCCAGGAUGAAGCCAGUUUUUCUUUUGCUGAUUUUUUUUUUAUUUAUUUCAGUGAGCUUUCUUCAACUAGCAACUGCGUGUUCUGCUAGGUUGAUAAGACACUGGAAUGUUUUUGUAAUUGCUGGGCCCUCAAGGUCGUGCCUUUGCUCUGCCGGCUCAGACACUACGGGGGGAUCUGUGGCCCCCCCGUGGGAGGCUGGGUUAGACGAACAGCAAAACUGGCCAGAGAUAUUCCAUUCCAUAUAUCUACGUAGGCUCGGGGGAAGGUCGGAGAUGACAGAAGAAAACUUCCUUCCUUCCUGCUUCGCUCUCUCGCCGCUUCGCCUUGCCUGUCUAUCUGCCUUCCUUUUUCUCUCUUUUCCUCUUUCUUCUGUUCGUGGCCGGCUUCUGGGAAAACACCAUCUGCCCAUCAUCGUCGACCCGUCGACCUCAAGCCCUCCUGACCCUCGUAACUCUCUGCCUUUCUCCAGGAUUCGGGAUUCCUCAGAAUUGUCUCAUCUGAGGGAAGUGCUGUGGGAGUUGCUGGGGGUGGGGGGAGGCGAGAGGCUUCUGCCACACUUUUGUAUAAUCACUAUAUAUAUAUAUACACUCUAAUAUCACGUAUUAAUAUUCUAAAUAAAAUUGCACGGUUCAGUUUUCAA